AUGGUCAACUUAUCCUCAGGCUACCAUCCCCAGACAAAUGGCCAGACUGAGAGGAAGAUCCAGGAACUGGGACGUUACCUCCGGGCAUACUGUCAUGACGACCAACACAGCUGGAGCCGUUUCCUCCCUUGGGCCGAGUAUGCACAGAAUUCCCUGACCCAGACCACCACCGGCCUCACACCGUUUCAGUGCAUACUCGGGUACCAGCCCCCACUCUUCUCGUGGACAGGAGAACCGUCUGAGGUUCCAGCUGUAGACCACUGGUUCCGAGUGAGCGAGGGAGUGUGGGUCCUAAAAGAAAAAGAGUCCCACAACAUCAGCCAGUUCAGAGGCAUUGCUCUUCUGAAUGUGGAAGGGAAGAUCUUCUUUUCGGUAAUGGCAAAGCGAAUGACCAGUUACCUCCAGGCAAAUAACUACAUUGAUACCAGUUGCCAGAAGGCAGGCGUCCCAGGUUUUCCAGGCUGCGUAGAGCAUCCUGAGAUGAUUUGGGAACAUAUUCAGUCAGCCAAGCGCAGUAAAUCGGACCUCCAUGUAGUCUGGCUGGAUCUCACAAAUACCUACGGGUCCAUUCCCCACCAGCUUAUCAGUUUCGCUCUUGACUUCCAUGUCCCCGCAAGUAUCCAGAGCCUUAUUAAUGGCUACUUUGAUAACUUCCAUGUCUGUUAUACGUCAAUAGAAAUUUCAACUGGGUGGCAUCGGCCAGAGAAAGGCAUUGCAAUGGAUUGUUCCAUCUCCCCCAUCGUUUUCACAGUAGCCUUUGAAAUUAUCCUUAUUGGUGGAAGACAGAUGGCCAGAGGAGUCAGCUUAGGCUAUAAGCUGGAGAAAGUAAGGCUAGUAUUCGAGCUGAAAGACUCUUCAGAUCCAGCAGUGCAAAGCAGCAAGGUCCAAGUGCAGACUGGAAGGAAACGGAAAGCAUCACAGUCAGUACACCAGGCCAUAACCCGCCUGAAACACCAAGAAGUUGUUGGAGUGGUGCAAUAUGGCAGAGCAGGCUUUGGUUGGGGAACAUCAUCUAAGAUGUGGUCCAAAGCCUUAAAGGCAGAGAGGAAAGAACUGGUGAUCUCUGAAGUCGUGAGGGAGGAAAAGGAGGGCUACAAGAUCAAAGACGUGAGCCAAUGUCAGCAAGGGAGAUGGACAACCUGGGAGGCCGCCAUCGACAGGAUCGUGACGUGGGCCGAUUUGUGGAGGAUGCCUGAGGCAAGGCUGAGCUUCCUAAUCAGGGCCACGUAUGAUACCCUCCCAAGCCCCCAGGAUCUGCACCUCUGCUGCAAAACGGCACUGACCCAAGGACGUUAUGGAUGGCGUCACGACCAGGUCCUGUGGAAACUAGCUGAAGUCAUCGAGACACGUAGACUGAAAGCCAGCAGGGCCAGGCCAGUAACAUCGCAUGGGCUGAUCCAGUUUGUGAGGCAAGGGGGUGAGGUACUUAGCAGUACCACAAAGGAGUGGUCCCUGCUGUCACCCGGAGGCAACUGGGAGCUGAGAGCUGAUAUUGAUCACCAGCUGAAGUUCCCACAGCAGAUCACCAUAACCUCCCUCCGACCAGACAUUGUGCUCUGGUCUACUAUCAUAAAAACAGUCAUUAUGGUUGAGCUGACUGUGCCAUGGGAGGACGGCCUGGAGUCUGCCUUUGACAGGAAGAAGGAGACGUAUGCAGACCUAACAGCUGCGUGCACAGAGGCAGGGUGGAGUGCUGUCACCUAUCCAGUGGAAGUUGGCUGUCGAGGCUUCACUGUAACCUCCAUCGAACGGCUCCUAAAAUCUCUUGGUGUAAGAGGCAUCAGGUUGUCAAAGGCAUUAAAAGAUCUGGCAGAGGAGGCAGAGAGAGGGAUCUCCUUUUUGGUCAUUCAUUAA